CCUUCUACUCUGGCCACUCCUCCUUUGGCAUGUACUGCAUGUUGUUCCUGGCGCUGUACGUGCAGGCCCGGCUCUGCUGGAAGUGGGCCCGGCUGCUGAGGCCCACCGUUCAGUUCUUCUUGGUGGCUUUUGCCAUCUAUGUGGGCUAUACCCGAGUGUCUGACCACAAGCACCACUGGAGUGAUGUCCUCGUCGGCCUCCUGCAGGGAGCCCUGGUGGCCUGCCUCACAGUCCGCUAUGUUUCAGAUUUCUUCAAAUCCCGGCCGCCCCAGCCCUGCCAGGAGGGUGAAGAGCCAGAGCGCAAGCCCAGUCUGUCGCUGACGCUGACCCUUGGUGACCGACCCUAGCUGCUAUGGAAGCUGGAAAGUCACCCGUGGGCCAGUCAUGUGUUGGCCCCAUGCCCCUGAUCAGGCACUCCUGGCUUUGGAGCUGUCCCGGGGUCCUGGCUGGUGACUGUGGACCAGGGUCUUGGGUGCCUGUGUGGCCCUGAGUGUGGGCAGGGCCCAUCGUCAGCAUUCCUUGACUCUCACAUGGCCUCAAAAGAUGCGGUCCUGCUCGGAGGGCUUCUCUGGUCACCAGUGGAUUUUCGAGGAGGGCCAUCCCAGCAUGGCCCCGGGAAUGGUUGGCCUGAGACUGUUCACGAAGUCAGCACCCUCCCUGACAGCC